UACUGAAUUGUUAUAAAGUAAAAACAAUGGCAGGGUUUAUUUGGCGACUGAAGAUGUUUAAAUGCGGGUUUCAGGCUCUGAAAUGGAACCGAACAGCGCUAACCGGCUCAGCGCAUAUACGGCACUACAGCAGUCCUUCCCAGUGCAGUCCUCAGAACUCUUUUGGUCUGCUUUUCGACAUUGACGGGGUCCUGGUCCGUGGAAGAACCCCGAUUCCAGCAGCCAAGCAAUGCUUUAGGAAUCUGGUGGAUGGAAAUGGAAAAUAUAAAGUCCCAGUGGUCUUUGUUACCAAUGCUGGGAACUCGGUUCGGCAGACCAAAGCAGAGCAGCUAUCACAUCUUCUAGAAGUAGAGGUGUCACCAGAUCAGGUCAUGUUGUCCCACAGUCCUCUACGAGUCUUCAGUCAGUUCCAAAAGAUGUGUGUGUUAGUGUCUGGACAGGGACCGGUUGUGGAAGUUGCACAGAACUUGGGCUUUCAGAAUGUUGUCACCAUUGAUAUGUUACGAGAGGCGUACCCUCUGCUGGAUGUGGUGGAUCACAAUCGCAGACCCAAAGAAGUGGUUCCACCAUCCAAGGACCUCCAACAAAUUGAAGCCGUCGUUCUCUUCGGUGAGCCAAUCAGGUGGGAGACUAACCUUCAGCUGAUUGUGGAUGUUCUCCUGACCAAUGGGAAGCCAGGAAAUCCUGUGACAUCAGUGCAUUACCCACACAUCCCUGUGCUGGCCUGCAACAUGGACCUGUUAUGGAUGGCAGAGGCAAAGAGUCCUCGAUUCGGACAUGGAAUGUUCCUGGUGUGUUUGGAAAGCAUCUAUAAGAAGAUCACAGGUUAUGAUCUGCAUUAUGAGGCACUGAUUGGGAAGCCCAGUGUGGUGACCUAUAACUAUGCAGAGCUGCUGAUCCGACAGCAGGCAGAGAAACUGGGCUGGACAGAACCUGUUCAAAGACUCUAUGCCAUUGGAGAUAACCCCAUGGCUGACAUCUAUGGUGCAAACCUCUAUAACCGCUACUUGCAGUCAGUGCACCAUGGCAGGACUCAGGUACAUGCACAAGGUGGCUCAGCCAGUCAUGUAGCGGCUGAUUUCCACUACGAAACAGUUGACGAUGCAAAAAACUCAGGCAAGGUGAUGGUCGGGGGCUCGUACGAGCACCGUCUACCCGAGAGCUGCAGCUCCAUCUUGGUGUGCACGGGCGUCUACAACCGAGAGCAGCAGGAGCUCUCCCCUGAGCAAACGGUCACAGAGCAGCGCAUUUUCCAUGGCCAUCGGGAUUUCCGCUUCGAUCCAACCCUGACCCAGCCUUCUUUUGUAGUUCAGGACGUGUUCGAGGCCGUCAAGCUCGUCUUCCAGCAAGAGGGUUCUAGUCUGACCUAA